UUCGCAUUCUUUAAUUUAGUGUGUAUAACACUGGGCGUGCGAGCGGUGCAGACAAAUGUUGACAAUGCGGCUCUAACAGCACUUUUGCUUUUCUUCAUUUUUGUUAGAGAUUUGUAACGUAUUGCCCUAAUAUCACUUAGAAGGGAUAUAAUCGUAGUGCGAAAGACAAGAGUCGCAUAUUUAACUCGAAGGCUAGCUGGCAAGCUAUUAGCUAACGCCUAACGUUAGCUAUGGAGGAGAGGAAGGAGGAGGGAGAAGCCGAAAUCCAAGAGCACGGCCCCGAGCACUGGUUUUCGAAAUGGGAACGGCAGUGCUUGGCAGAGGCAGAACAGGAUAAUUCCAACGAAGAGGAGACAGAACAAAGUCAACAAAAGCUAUGGCACCUUUUUCAGAACUCUGCUACUGCUGUGGCACAGCUCUACAAAGAUCGAGUAUGUCAACAACAAGGCCUCUCCCUCUGGGUGCCCUUCCAGAAUGCUGCCACAGCUGUCACUAAUCUUUACAAAGAGAGUAUGGAAGCCCACCAGCGGAGCUAUGACCUGGGUAUCCAUUUAGGUUAUCAGCGCAGAAAUAAGGAGGUGAUUGCAUGGGUAAAGAAGCGCAGAAGAACUAUCAGACGAGAAGACCUGAUUAGCUUCUUGUGUGGCAAAGUUCCCCCUCCACGGACAGCUCGUACCCCACCCAAAGUUGCCAUGGUCUCUGCAAGUCGGUCAUCGCCCCCGGAGACGGACAACUCUGUCGAGACUGACUUGCAGCCCUUCAGAGAGGCCAUAGCCCUCCAUGGCCUGAGUGGUGCCAUGGCUAGCAUUUCUGUUCGUUCUGGUCCUCCUGGUUCCCCAACUCACCCUGCCCAGCCCCUCAGUCGUCGUAGGAAUGGUCUUCAUGACAUGGACCUCAACACCUUCAUAGCUGAGGAGAUGGCACUUCAUUUAGAUUCUGCUGCCAGUCGUAAACGAGGCUCUGCACCCUGUAGUGAUGUCAUCACAGACUCACCCACUCAUAAACGGAACAGGAUGCUCUGAACUUUUCUUUCAUCAAUAAUUCCUCUGCUGUCCUCUACUUGGUGGCCGAUUGGACAGGUGAUGGGGACUGAUGCCUUGGCUAGCCAAUAAAAUCUUCCUCCACAAGCUCUUUUCAGACAUGAGAUGUGUAGCAUUGUUGGUUUCUUCAAUCUGACAAAGCGAUAUCAGUGAGUCAUUCAGACAUUGGUAACUUUCUGUUAAUAUUUCUAACUUCUUCAGUAAGACAUACAUACCUGUGAAAGUGACUGACAUAGUCACAGCGCCAUAACUAUUCAAAUUAGCAUGCCAAAUGUACAGUGAUUGUGUAAACCAUAGCAGCAGCGGUGGUUGGAAUCAGCUGAAAUUGUCACUUUUCUACAUAUUUAAGCACAUUAAACAUUGUUAUGGUUGUGAGGGUUUUAUUGCAUUACAGUAACGGCACAGUUGGUGUAAAGUCAAAAAGUUCUUGUCUUUCACCUGAGGACAUUGCCACCCUUGGUGCUUUGUGUCAGUUUAGGAGCUGUGCUACAAACAUAAAUAAGUCGUUUAAGAGUUAGUUUGUGCAUCUAAACAUGCUGUUUUGCAAUCACAAUGAGUAUCAAGCAGCAUGGUGUUUAAACUGGAUGUCAAAAAUAAAAAUAGGAGCUGUAGCUACAGCUUAAACACUAAAUGGUAUUGAUAUUCGUUAGAAAAAAAAUUAGUCCUGCAGCUGAUAAUUGUAGGUAAAAUCAUGAAGAAGGAAAGUUUGAACAGUGCUGUUUUUUUUACUACUAAAUCCAACAAUACAAUCUGCCAGAUUACUGGAAACAACUGAUCAGAUUUCAAAUUGACCCACCGCUGCUGUGCUGCCAGCCCAUUAAUGUGACUGCGGCACUUCAAAUUUGUACCUUACAAAUGAAAGGGAUGCUUAUAUGUUGUUCAGUCUGACCUGGUCAGAUUGCUGUUGCAAAUAUGUUACAGAAAAGCACCGGUGGUGUGAUUGGCAUGACGUCGUCAGGGUAAGUGACCACCACAUAAAUGGAAAGCAGUGCAUGUCUGAAAGGGGCUUUAGUUGCAAUGUUACAAUAAAGAAAAACUUGAUUAUCAGCCUGGAUUUUCAGCCCGUUCAUUAUUUCCCACCUGUCAUUUCUCAUCUUAACAGAAAACUUCUCACUCAUCCUCUUCAUAGUAAAAUCAUGUUUUCUAAAAAAUGUGUCUUCCUUGUUUGUUUGGUUGCCCUCAAUAGUUUUGGCAGUGAACCACACUACACUUAAAACCUUUGAAACUGCAGAAUGUUUAAUUGGUUAUUGCUUAUUUGUGAUUCACAUUUUUAAUUAGAUUAAUUAGACUAGCCUACUUUUUGCAUUUCUCUUUCCCCCCCCCCCUUUCUACUAAAACACUUCCUCUUUAGUGGCGUGUGGGCUAAAUCAGGCUGGACUGAAAUCUGGGCUCUUCAGGAGGCUGAACUGACUGUUGGGCUUCACUAAAAAGCAAUUGUCAGCGUGUGUGUCAUUCUGCUGGAGCUCUGUUUGUGUAUCUGACAGCAGAACUGCCACUUACUGUGUUGUACAUGUCUUUGCCUUCAAGAAAGCUGCUACAGUAUAUCUGGUUGUAUUGCAGACUGAGUGUGUGUGUGUCUAUGUAUGUUUCACCCGCUUGUUUUUAUCUUUUACUUAUGUUUUUUUUUUUUCUCAGUUGCUCUUUGCAGUCUAAGCCAGGGUUUUAUCACAAAGCACCUCAGUCCAGUUCAUACACACAAGUGGGAGAAUAGGAUGGACGCGAUUCUCGCUAAGCGUUCUCUGAGAAAGUACCUUUGUCCUGCAUUUAUAAUUAUUAUUUUAUAACCACACUUGUAUCUAUAGGGACGUUUACAAAACACCAAUGCACAUAGUUUUCAUAUCAGCGUCCAAAUACACUUAAUUGUGCUCUGGUUCUGUCAAUGAAACAUUACAACAGUAAAAGUUUCAAAGCUUGCAUUAAUUGACCUGCUUAAUGUUUACUUUUGGCACAUGAAUAGGAACAUAGACUCUUGCCAUUAUUUUAUGUCUUGAUUUUCAAGAUUUAUAACACACACUUGUGAUUUCAGCUUUAAACAUAGAAAAUUACGGGCACCAAUUAAUCUGUGAAUUAGUAGGGCUGGUGGCUGUGAGAUUAUAUUUUGUUUAGCCAGUUUAUGGAUUAUUGGGUGUGUUAGUUCAGCAAAACAUUUGUUUUUGCUAAUUUCACACAGCUUUGUGAUACAAUCUUGUGUAAUGUGUGUAAAUAAUGUAGGUGCUGUUAUGUGGUACAUAUUGUAAAAAGUGCUAAUCCAUGGGGAUGUUCUUGUACAAUAAUGAUUCUGAAAUUAAAAUAACAUUAAGUUGC